AUGAGUCUGGAAACACCUAGCUGUACCAUUGUAGCACAAUAUAUCGAUUUCAAGUUUAUCAAGUUUGUAGCUCGGAUCGAAUUUCACGAGAGGUACCCCCACGAUCUAGAAGGUGUAAAGAUUGCCGGCACCGUAUAA